AUGAAGAAAGAAAGAACGGCCGAUAAUAGCCGACCAUAUAAAUUGGCUCAUCAAAUAUUGAGCCUCACAGGUAUAAGUUUCCAAAGGAAGAGUAUUAUUGGAUUUGUAGAAUUAACAAUUGUUCCUCUCAGAGAUACAUUAAGACUUGUGAAACUGAAUGCAAAGCAAUGCAGAAUUUAUAGAGUAUGUUUAAAUGACAUUUAUGAAGCACCAUUUCAGUACUUUGAUCCGUUUUUAGAUAUUUGCCAAGGAGAUGGCAAGCAGCGAUCAUUGGAUUUUUUUUCAAACAUGCAUUUAGCAGCUGCACAAAGGGUUGAUCCUGACAAUAAUGCUGGAGAACUAGUUGUACAAAUUCCACCAGAUGCAGCACAUUUAGUUGCUGAAGGUAGAAGUUUAAGAAUUAGUAUUGAAUUUUCUUUAGAGCAACCUCAAGGUGGAGUACACUUUGUUGUACCAAAUUGUGAAGGAACAUUAGCAGAGAGAGGUGCACAUAUGUAUACAUAUAGUUAUGAAAAUUCUUCAAGAUUAUGGUUCCCAUGUGUUGAUAGUUUUGCUGAACCAUGUACUUGGAAAUUAGAAUUUACUGUUGAUGACUCUAUGACAGCUGUAUCUUGUGGUGAUCUUGUAGAAGUUGUAUAUACUCCAGAUAUGCGCAGAAAAACUUUUCACUAUGUUCUGAAUACACCAGCAUGUUCACCAAAUAUUGCACUUGCAGUUGGACCAUUUGAAAUAUUUGUGGACCCAUACAUGCAUGAAGUCACACAUUUUUGUUUACCUCAAUUGUUACCAUCAUUGAAAGUUUCUGCAAAAUAUAUGCAUGAAGCAUUUGAAUUUUAUGAAGAAACAUUGUCAAAUAGAUAUCCUUAUUCUUGUUAUAAACAAGUCUUUGUAGAUGAACUAGAUGAAGAUAUAAAUGCAUAUGCAACUAUGAGUAUUUUAAAUACAAAUUUAUUACAUUCAACUGCAAUUAUUGAUCAAGUUUAUGUUACAAAGAAAGCUAUGGCACAAGCUGUUGCAGAACAAUUUUUUGGUUGUUUUAUAUCCAUGCAAAAUUGGUCUGAUACAUGGUUACCUAAAGGUAUUUCAACAUAUUUAACUGGUUUGUAUGCAAAAAAAUGUUUUGGAAAUAAUGAGUACAGGCAAUGGGUACAAUCGGAACUGCAAGAAGUUGUAAAAUAUGAGGAGCAAUUUGGCGGCAUAAUAUUAGAUCCUUCUCAACCACCAGCUCCACUACCUAUUGCUGCUAAUACACCAGCUCCCACACCCAGAGCUCCAGAUCCUGGGUUUUAUUUUCCAAUAAGAAAUUUACACACUGUGUCCCCAAAAUAUAUUGAAGUGCUUCGUAAAAAAGCACAUUUAGUUAUUAGAAUGUUAGAACAUCGAAUUGGACAAGAAUUACUUUUACAGGUUUUUAAUAAGCAAUUAUCUCUUGCUGCUAAUGCUGCACAACAAAAAAUUGAUUCUGGACUUUGGUCCCAUAUGUUAAUUAGUACCAAUGUAUUUACAAAAGCAAUUUUUACUGUAACUGGUAAAGAUAUGGCAGUUUUUAUAGACCAAUGGGUUAGAACUGGUGGACAUGCGAAAUUUAGUUUAAGUUUUGUAUUUAAUAGGAAAAGAAAUACUGUAGAAUUAGAAAUUCGGCAAGAUACUACAAACCAAAGAGGAAUUAGGAAAUACGUUGGUCCACUUCUAGUUAAUAUUCAAGAAUUAGAUGGUACUUUUAAACACACUUUACAAAUAGAAGGUACUGUAGCAAAAGCAGAUAUAACAUGCCAUAGUAAAAGCCGUAGGAAUAAAAAGAAAAAGAUUCCACUAUGUACUGGAGAAGAAGUAGAUAUGGACCUUUCUGCUAUGGAUGAUUCUCCUGUAUUAUGGAUAAGAUUAGAUCCUGAUAUGACACUUCUACGUGCCGUUCAAAUUGAACAACCUGAUUAUCAGUGGCAAUAUCAGUUAAGACACGAAAGAGAUGUUACAGCCCAAUUAGAAGCUAUUGAAGCUUUACAAAACCAUGCAACGCCCGCUACACGACUAGCAUUAACUGAUACUAUAGAAAAUGAACAUUGUUAUUACAAAGUUAGAUUGCGAGCUGCCCAUUGUUUAACCAAGGUAGCAAAUGCAAUGGUUGCAACAUGGGCUGGCCCACCAGCAAUGUUAGCUAUAUUUCGGAAAUUAUUUGGAUCAGCUUCGUGUAGACGAAUAAUUAAACAAAACAACUUUUCAAACUUUCAACAUUAUUUUUUGCAAAAGACUAUACCUGUGGCGAUGGCAGGUUUACGUAACGCUCAUGGUAUAUGCCCACCAGAAGUUUUAGCUUUUUUAAUGGAUUUAUUUAAAUAUAAUGAUAACAGUAAAAAUAGAUAUUCGGAUAAUUAUUAUAGAGCGGCCUUAAUUGAAGCUCUUGGAGCUACUGUUACACCUGUAAUUAGUAUUCAACAAGGGACAGCUAUUACUGCCGAAUCUCUGUCGGUCGAUACUAAAGCUAUAUUAGAGGAAGUUACAAGAAAUUUAAAUUUGGAAAAAUUAUUACCAUGUUAUAAGUACACUGUUAGUGUUGCCUGUCUUAGGGUCAUACGAAUUUUACAAAAGUUUGGACACCUUCCAAGCAAUCCUCACCUUUUCAGAGCAUAUGCUGGAUAUGGGCAAUUCAUAGAUGUGAGAAUUGCAGCAUUAAAGGCAUUAGUUGAUUUUACAAGAGUCGAUGGAAAAUGGGAAGAUUUAGAAUUUUUGUUAGAUAUGAUAGAAAUGGAUCCUCAUCCAGGAGUACGGCAUAGAUUAGUGAGACUUAUGGUUGAAAAUCCACCGUUUGAAAGAGCACAUAAGCAUCGUUUGGAUCGUCCUGAAUUAGUCGACCGUAUAUGGAAUUUAAUUAAUGGUAUGCUUUCUCACGACCCUAAAAUUCGGUGUGAUUUAGUCGAUUUGUACUACACUUUGUAUGGUUCAAAACGUCCACUUUGUCUUCCUAUUCCUGAACUUGCUGCUAUUACUAAACCAAAAAAAGCAGGACCACCAAGCCCAGAACAAGAUAUGAAACUAAAUAUGUCGCACAUAAGACAUGAAUCAUCGGUUGUGGAAAUUGAGAAUGCAAGUGGCACAGGGAAAAGAAAAUCUCCCAGUAGAGAUAUUCCAGGUCCGUCUAAUUCAGUAGAUUAUGGUCCGGAAGCAAAACGACAAAAACAGGAUGAGCGAUCGUCUUCCGUCACCGGUGAAGGAAAAGUGAAAUCAGAAUAUUAUAGCGAUAAUUCUGCAUCAUUGCCUGGUAUUAUGGGAACGCCAGGACCCGUAGGGUUUGAACCAGGAAUGUUUAAAAAAGAAGGAGGAGAAGAUCAUACUAUAUUUAUUAUACAAUAUAUUUCACAGAAUAAGAAAAAGAAAAAAGACAAAAAGAAACAUAAACACAAACAUAAACAUAAACAUGAUCAUAAGCAUGGUAAAGAUAAAGAGAAGAAAGAUAAAGAUAAAGACAAAAUUAAAGAAAAAGAAAAGGAAAAAGAAAAGGAUAAAACUAAAGAUUCUUCAAAUUUAAAGGUCAAAGAAGAAACUUUAAGCUCUGCAAGUUCCAGUCUUAGUCCAGAUGCAACAACUGUUACUAACGAAUUUAUUUUUCCAUAG